UCGAACAGUUCCCAGAGAAACCCAGGCCCUUCUGUUUGUUUCUACGAAUCCUCCAGAAAUGCUUUAUCUGUGGACAUCCUGGAUAUGUUGACAUGGAAAUGAACUCACUUGGUCCUCUAACUUCCCUCCAGUGUUAUCAGCUGAUUUUUGCAUUGAUCUCCCAUUCUGCAAUGUUUAAAUAUCCACCGGCCAUGAACAGGACAAAAUGUUACUGAUAUGUGCCUUUGAAAUUAGCCAUUAAGGCAAAUGAGGAUCAUCAGAUGAAAAAUACCGUGUCAGUAUCAGUCACUGCUUAUUGUUGCCCUUCAGUAAUCUGCUUGGGAAAGAAAAAGAAUGCCUAAGAACAAGUUUUUAGGCCCUUGGUCAUGAACAGGGAGAUGCUCCACUGCCUUUCUCUGGAACGGUAUGGCUAUAAAACGCUCCUCGAGAGGCUCUGCUCGCAGGUGGCCGGUGCUGAGGAGGAGUUGGUGCUGAGGGGGCGGAGACCCGCACCGGUGCCCCCGGAGGAGCCCCAACGCCCGGCCCGGUCCGUGCUGCCCGUGCCAUGGCCGAGGCCCUGGAGUCGUUGGAGUCCUGUCUGGAACAGCACAUCCCGGCCUCGGACCUGCCCGAGGUGAAGCGGAUCCUCUAUGGCGGCGAGACACGGUGUUGAUUUUCUGGGGGUGGCAGAUGAAGACCUGGGCCACUGUGCUGCUGGACUUCUGUGGCAAGGUAACAGCGUCUGGAAAUUACUGUUAGAGAUGAAGACCCCGGAGUUCACUGCCAGGGAGGAGAGCAGCAGAAAACUUGAUUUGCCAGCUGGUGCUCUCUCAGCAGCUCAGGAAAGAGAUUUUGAACUGCAGGGAUAUGGAUUUGAUGCUGCUUCCGAGCAAUUAAGGAGGCCACGUGUUGUUCGAGUAGGGCUGGUACAAAAUAAAAUCCCGCUCCCCACAGAUGCGGCCGUGGCAGCCCAGGUGGCCGCACUGCACCGACGCAUCAAGGAGAUGGUGGAAGUAGCUGCGAUGUGUGGGGUCAACAUAAUUUGUUUCCAGGAGGCUUGGACCAUGCCCUUUGCUUUCUGUACGAGGGAGAAGCUUCCUUGGACUGAAUUUGCUGAGUCAGCGGAGGAUGGUCCAACAACAAAAUUCUGUCAAGAGCUGGCCAAGAAAUACAACAUGGUUGUGAUAUCUCCGAUCCUGGAGCGAGAUGAAGUACAUGGGGGCACUCUGUGGAACACUGCAGUGGUCAUCUCUAAUUCAGGAGCUGUCCUUGGCAAAAGCAGGAAAAACCACAUUCCAAGGGUUGGAGAUUUCAAUGAGUCUACUUAUUACAUGGAAGGGAAUACAGGACACCCCGUGUUUCAGACGCAGUUUGGAACAAUUGCUGUGAAUAUCUGCUAUGGGCGCCACCACCCUCUGAACUGGCUCAUGUUUAGCAUGAACGGAGCAGAAAUCAUCUUUAACCCUUCAGCCACUAUUGGAACACUCAGUGAGUCACUGUGGCCAAUCGAAGCAAGAAAUGCUGCCAUCGCUAAUCACUGCUUUACAUGUCCCAUCAACAGGGUAGGAACGGAAUACUUCAAAAAUGCCUUUACUUCUGGAAACGGUGAAAAAGCGCACCAUGACUUGGGACAUUUCUACGGCUCCAGUUACGUAGCAGCACCCGAUGGCAGUCGGACCCCAGGACUCUCUCGCACUCGGGAUGGACUUCUCGUAGUCGAGAUGGAUCUAAAUCUUUGCAGACAAGUGGGUGACAAAUGGAAUUUUAAGAUGACUGGUAGAUAUGAAAUGUAUGCAGAGAAGCUCGCUGAAGCAGUCCAACCUUAUUUUGUACCCAAUAUAAUCAAAGAGUAAGAGAGCAUCUCCUUACAAUCCAAUGUUAGGUAACAAAGUAAAAGGUACUGUGUGGUGAUGGCUUUGCUGGGGAUCACAGGUUGUUACUUUAUUGUUGUCAUUUUAAUUUCCUGUGACAGACUUUAAAACAGUAGAAUUCAAAGCUGCAUUAAGUAAAAUACAUGACAAAUGGCUUCUUGGGGUGGGUUUACACUACUGAGUCCAAAUUUCUAUUCCGUACUAGAAGUAAAUCUGUAUUUACUAGAAGUCAUUUACUAGAAGUAAAUUUUGUUGCUGUAAAAUCAUAGUGAAACGUAUUCCAUGCUGUCACCUGGGAUGGAGUUGGAUAGAGAUGAGUCCAGAAGGACAUAAAAUGUUUUACAUCUGCUUUGCAUUCUGUGUCUCUUUACUUCUGCUUUCUCGUUUUUACCCUGUACCCAAAUGCAUAAUUUAGAGAGAGGAGGCAUAAAUCAGCCACAGUUGGGUCAAUGUCUUGGGUCGGUCCUUUAGGAGCAGCAGCAGAGCUGCAGAGGCUCCCACUGUCUCCAGAGGCUCAGUGCCAUGUGGGGAGGUAGAACAGAAACACCAGCAAACAGAGGCACGGCUGGCGCAGUUGCAUGUUUCAUUGUGAACAGAGAGACACUGUAAGGCUGUCAGGGAUCAGGAUGGGGAAGGAAAGCUGAAUUUGUAGCUGAAAUAAAUAUUUGAACACUCUUGAUUUUUCUUUUUAUCCCAAAUCACAAUUUCAGCUCUGCCACUUCCUGUACAGAAUUUGUCUUCUAAAGGGUUUCCAACACUCCUCGUAAUCAUUAACACUAGUUAAUAAAUGCACUUGCUAUGUUAUGUUACAGGGUUAUCUGUGACUUCAAAUCUUUAUUGAGAAUGGCUUAAUUACAAAUAAAAAUAUAUUUAUGUAUAAAAUCCCUGCAUGUAAAAUACCCCUUCCUUUGCUAUUGACAUCAUGAAGGAAAGUCACAAAACAGUUUCAGAGCGAGUAUUUUGAUGGACAAUCCUGUAAUGGGAAACGAAGUUUCAGGAAAUGCAGAUGAUCUGAAUGCUUGUGCAGUGAGCUUCGUUUGAACCUGAAUUUGUGUCCUCUAAAUACUCAGUCUUUUCACUUAGCUUCCGCUUCUUCCUUCAGUUUUCAUCUCACCACUAUGUUCCAUUUGGCGUCUGCCAGAGCGCCUGUUGUGCCAGUGGCGCUCUCCUUCGUCUGUAUUGGCUCAAACAGCUCUGUUUCUUUAUUGUUCAGUUUUGUUGCAGUAUUUAAGCCCUGGGUACCGAACAUUCAAUGUUGUUGCACCCAUCUGUGCACUUCACACCACUCAGCACGCCCAUACUUCAUGUUUUGUGUUUAAGCUCAAGAUUCCCAUUUAGAUAGGCUAAACAUCCCUCACUCGCCUUGGUAAGAGAUGGUUUUAUUCAGCUAAUCAGGCCUGCUCUAAGAUAAAUCCCAGGGCAGCUGCACAGCACUGAAUGACUGGCUUCCUGCAGGGGCACGGGUUAAGGGAGGGCUCGAUCAGCCUGUAGUUUACACAAUGGUUAACCAGUAACAUAGCUAAUACAAUCUCUCUAAAUCAAACACCGUGCAUUUGGACUUGGGCAGAGAAACUCUCAGAUCAGUAGCCGUCUGGUGCCUUGCUCUGGAGGAGUCAGAAGGCAUUCUCUGUAACUCUGUAAGAGGGUCUCUGCCUUUCCUGAUGGGCUGCUGGGAGCACAGCUCGCAGACCAGCAUGAUUUUUACAUAGCAAGCAUAAGUGCCAGGAUGCAUUUUGACUUCACCAGGGAGAAGCAGAAUCUGAUACAUGAAAAUUUGUCACUUAUGUUUUGUUCGCAACUUUUUAAAGGCUGCUGUGUUUUUAAACACCUGGUGCUACUUGGAGCCCUCUCGAUUCUGCUAAGCAACUUCUCUGUAAGUCAGCAACUGACAGAACAAAAUGUUCUGUCUUGGAAAAGAACAUUACCA